UUCAAGAUGGCGUCCAACGAGAAGUGGGAGGUAGUUGGGAAAGGGGGAAAGAAAAGGACUCCAAAUGAAGGCAAGAAGAACAGAGUCAAGGCGUCAGAUAUGCCUAAAGCAGAAAUAGUCAAUCCCCUGGCAGAAUCCAAAACAAUUUACCAAGCACUCAAAGGCCCUAAAGCACACGCUUCACAUAUUGUUAAUGGACAUGUGAAACACACAUCUGAUGUCUAUGAAGAGCUGCCAGCAGUUCUAGCAGAAAGAGUACCAGAACAAGCCCCAGAAAUAAAGAAACUUAGUGGUGGUUUUAUCGGUGGGAAGAAGAAAGCAGUAUCAACUAAACCUCAGAAGACUGACGAAGAAUUACUCCAAGAGGCUUUGUUAAAGGUGGAUGUUGAUGAGCUCACAGCAAUCCUAACAAACUUGGAAUCAUCAUUUCCAAACAAUCCAUCAAUUUGGUUGACUGACAUUGGUGCGCAUCUUCAGCUUAAGCUGAAAGGUGUUCCACAGAAAGACCCAACAUUUGAAGGCAAACCAGCAGACUAUCCAAUGUGCGUAAUGCCGUUUGCACUCAAGAAAUUUUUCCUCAACCUCAUGAAGAAAUGUACGAAGCCAACCUUGAAACUUGUGUAUCAGCGGUCGGUUGAAAACAUGGUGCAAGACCUCAGUAAAGGUUAUUCUGCCUAUGGUGACCAAAUUAUGCUGCAGUUUAUUGUACACCAUCAGCCACAGAUCACUUUGGAAGAAUUAAAAGAGGUGCAAGAGAUGCUCAUGCAACGGAGGACUCGUACACGCGAGGCAUUAACAUUGAUGUGGUGUGUUGGACAGUUGCCAGAAAAGGACUUAGCUCAGGGUUUAACAGUGUGGAUGGAAGUCAUGUUACCUCAGUUAAAUGUGAAACAUCUGACAAAAUAUUCUGUUUCUUACUUGGAAAAUCUCCUCAGUACAUGCAAACCUGUUGGUAACCAAGGGGCCCUUGUUGAGCCAAAGGAAUUUUUCACAGUAAUGGAGGUGGCAUUUUCUCCUGCCUCUCCUCUGGCUGGUAACACAAGCUUGCAGCGAAAGCUGUUGUCUCUCUACCCCAAAAUAAAGAGGCUUUCUCUAGGUUCAGAAACAAGACCAGUCAGCAGAUUGUACUUUGGCACUUUGCUAAGCCGUCUGGACAGUGAGCUUCCAUUAGAAUACCAAAUAGAGGUUCUGAGCUGUCUCGUGAUGUGCUUAGAAAAAGAUCAGGAUUGCUUUACAAAAUGGGAAAGCAGCUAUCUAGCGACCUUACAGCAAUCAGGUCUGCUUCUAAAUCAUUUGAUAAAUACUUGGAAUUCCCAAAGUACGAGUCUUCAAAGCAAGCUGUUCGCCACUGUGGACGUAUUCCAAGCAAAGAACCGACCACUUCUGGAAAAUAACAAAACCAAGCCUGGUCUGGACAGCUGUGUGAAAGCUUGUGAGGCCAUAAAGGAGAAGAAGAAGACCAAGAAAAAGUCCUUCUUUUCGUGCGGAAAACUCUUCAAACUUGUUUUGUUGUUAUUAGUCGCAGUGAUUUCCAUUGACGUUUACAAACACAAAGGUUACCAAGCGAGUAGAACGGCCCGGAUCGCAAGGGAUUAUGGUUUAGAGCAGGCUGCUGUUUCAGGAUACGGACAUGCAAAGAAGGGAAUUGAUGUGGCGAACAGUUGGGUUCAAACGAACUACCCUACAUACUACAGCAAGUUUAGAGAACACGCAGAUCCAGCUGCUGCAUUUGUUUGGGAAAAACUGACCAUUAUCGGAACAUUUAUAGCAGAAACAACCAAACCAGCUAGAGAUUAUCUAAACGUUAAAAUACCACAGCUUUUAGAAAAGAUUGAAACGGAAGGUCCAGUUUAUCUGGGUAUAGUUCGCGAUCACCUAAAGCACUUCUGGGACACUUGGUGGCCUGUGGUUCACAAAUACCUGAUAAAAAUCUGGGAUUUCUUAUCAGAACACGUCCCAGUCCUACUCGCCAAGGUGCAGGAACUUGCAACUAACUUAGCGCACAAGAUUUACGAACUCGCUCCAGAUUUCUUUUCCUCUGUCGCGACUUGGUUUGCAAAACUUGGCGAAAAGAUUGUGGAGAAGUUACCAGAUGUGUUAGCUGUCAUUCAGGAGUACGUUGUCAUAGCGAUCAACCUAGCUGUCAAUCUUAUACAAAGUGUUGUGGAAUGGGUUCAAAAUGUCGCUGGAAGCGCUGAGGUUGAGGACACAGUAAAUCAGAAGUCAUCCUCGACUGGGUAUUCAGAACACGUACCGAAGUGAACCAAUUCAGUGCCGAAAAUUAACGCGUGUAGAACAAAGCAACUUGGAAAUCGCUAAGGCACUGACCAGAAAGCCAAUAAAAGGCAUGCAGUACUGCGCUUGCGUGAAAGCUGAACAGAACCUCUCUCCUUGUUGCUACUGGACUUUGUAAAGGAACAUUUUGCCUUAUCAGUGAAAGAAUUUUGUUCAAUACAACACGUCUCACACGAUAUCGGUAUCUCUCUAAGGGUAACGACUUUGAAAUAAAUCACACGCACAGUAUUGUUUCUGAA